AUGUCAGAAACACAGGUCGACGCUACCACCAUUGAGAAUGGGAAGAAGGCAUUCCAACCACGCGAUAUUACUCAGGAGCCCGCCAGCUUCUCUCUUCCGGAUGAGAUAUGGACUCCCAUGUUCGAAACACCAUGUGCUUUCGAGCCCGAAUACUAUCAGCGCGUUAUGCUCAACCUCAUCCGCCACCCGGAGAUAGCAUCCACCUACCUCUUCCGUGCCGAAAUCUUUUACGAUAGCUUCAACGACCCGGAAGGAAAGUUCGUAAAGCACAUCAAGGCUGACUACCAACCACGGCCAUGCCACGUGCCAGGCUACGAGCUAGAGCAGACGAUCGUGCGGCGGAUGAUCCCACGCAACCCGCAGCGCGAUAACCCUCUGGUCCAAACCUGCCACAUCUUCCAAAAGAAAGACGACUCAGGCUCUACAAGCAACCUCGUAAUCUACAUCCCCCACUCAGAAUCCGCAUCCGACGUCCCCUUCUACCACCCCACCGUCGCCGCCCUCGCCUUCCUCCACACCUGGCCAUCCCCAACCCCGGACGCCUCCUCCCCUCUCGGCCACUUCUCCAUCCACUACCGCCUCUUCCCCACGCACCCCCUCGACAACCGCCUCAUCCGCACCGCGCUCAGCCUGCUCACCCUCAUCAACAAGCACAGCCUGGGCCAGAAGGCCGGCUACACCAAGCGCGUGCACCACGACCAGCUCAUCCCGCAAGCCCGCUUCCAGGACACGUACACGCGCCUGAAGACCGCGUAUGCGAAGGAUCUGAUUGCGGGCUGGGUCGAGCAGACGCCGUCGGGCAAGCAUGUCUUUGAGGACUUGGGAAUUGCAGCGUUUUUGCUGGAGUUGUGGAAGGACAUGUAUGCUGCGCCUAUUGUCGGUGAUGGGGAUGCUGGGGUAAAUGGAGAGAGUGUGGAGGUGGGAGUGGGAAAGGAGGAAGAAGAGAAAGCGAAGCCUCCAUUCCCAGGCUUCGUCGACAUCGGCUGCGGCAACGGCCUGCUCGUCUACGUCCUACGCAGCGAAGGCUAUCCCGGAUGGGGCUUCGACGCGCGCCGCCGCAAGACGUGGGACACAUUCCCGCCAGCCGUCCAACAGAACCUGAAAGAGAUGGUCCUGGUCCCCGAGCCCUUCGUCCGCGCCUCCACCACCACCGACGACGCCAAUGGCAACGCCGACCUCCUCUCCAACCUCAAACUCGACGACAACAGCGGCGCCGCAAACGCACCCGCCGACAAAUUCCACAACGGCAUCUUCGCCGCAGGCACCUUCAUCAUCUCCAACCACGCCGACGAGCUCACGCCGUGGACGCCGCUGCUCGCAUACCUCUCCCGCUCGCCCUUCAUCGCCAUACCCUGCUGCAGCCACAACUUCGCCGGCGCCAAGUUCCGCGCGCCGGUCCAGAAAGCUGCUGCGAACAACAAGAAAGACGAGGAGGGGGGCAAGGGCGGCAAGACCGGCUCGCUCGGCGACAACAAGAAAGGCAGCAGCGGCAAGAACCAGCAGCCCUCAGCGUACGCGACGCUGUGCGAUUGGGUGUCGCGGCUGGCGGCGGACGUCGGGUUCGUGCCGGAGAAGGAGAUGUUGCGGAUUCCGUCGACGAGGAAUGCGGGGAUUGUUGGGAGGAGGAGGCGCAGGGAAGAAGAAGAAGAAGAAGAUGGGGAGGCUGAGGGGGGGCAAGGGCAAGAGCUUGAUGAGAGGAUGGAGGCUGUGCGGAAGUUGUUGGUUCGGGAGAUGGGUGGGAAUGUGGAUGGGGUUGGUGGCUUGGAGGCUGUGGGGAGGGAGUGGGUGGAAAGGGCGGGGAAGUUGGUGAAGGGGCAGGGUGGGGGCCAUUGA